CUUAGGACUUCGCUGUUGCCGUUCAGUCACGUCUGGUUCUUUGCGGCCCCGUUUGGGGUUUUCUUGGCCAGAUCCCGCCGUGCUUUGGCGUUUCCUUCUGCAGCUCAUUUCACAGCUGAGGAACUGAGGUCAACGGGGUUAGGGUUUGGGUGUCGCUUCGCCCACCCCCUCGGUUUACCGAGCAGGCCCGAGAGGGGCCCUUUCCCUAGGAAGGGGCUCGCGGCCGGGCGCCCUGGCGGCCCAAGUGCGAGCCCGAGCUACCUCCCGGCCGGAGGCUUCGCGGGCACUCGGCGACCUGGUUUGGGGACUUCGAGGCCCCGCCCCUUCCCGCCCCUGCCCCGCCCCCGCCCGCCCUCGCUCCCUUUUCCCUGGGCCCCCGAGCCGGGCUCGCAGCAGAGCGCUGAGCUGCGGCCGGGCAGGAGCGCCGCAGCGACCCGGGCUCCGUCUGAGCGUCCGAGAGUCCGUCGGGGCUGCCGGGGCGCGCAUCCUCCUGAGGUCGGGCAGCCGCGCAUCGAGGUCAUGGCCUCCCGGGAGCUCGCCCUGAAGCUGCAGCGGCGGCUGAGGUUGGAACAGGAGUCCGAGACCGCCCAGGGGCCGCAGCAGAACGGCCUCGACGGGGAGGGCAACGGGCUGCCGGCGGAGUCGGCGCGGGCGCGGGCCCGGAGCCCGGGCCCCGUGAAAUUCAUCCGAGAGAUGCCAGGCAAGGAACUCACGGCCAACGCCGACUCGGAGCUCAAGGCUCAGCUGAGCCGGCGCCAGAGCAUCCACGAGGGCACCGAGCUGCCCCAGCUCACCAAGGUCUUCAAACCCCACAACGAGUUCCGGGAGUUCAGCCGCCGGCAGAUCCGAGACAUGGAGACUCUCUUCCGACGAUAUGAUUCCAGCAAGGAUGGCUACAUAGACCUGAUGGAGCUGAAGAUGAUGAUGGAGAAGCUGGGAGCCCCCCAGACGCACCUGGACCUUAAGAACAUGAUCAGGGAGGUGGACGAGGACCUGGACAGCAAGCUGAGCUUCCGAGAGUUUUUGCUGAUUUUCCGCAAGGCGGCUGCAGGGGAACUGGAAGAGGACAGCGGCUUGAUGUGUCUGGCAAAACUUUCUGAGAUCGAUGUGUCCAUGGAAGGAGUGAAAGGGGCCAAGACCUUCUUCGAAGCCAAGGUCCAUGUCCUGUCUGUGCCCAGCAAAUUUGAAUCUGAGGUCAAAGAGGAGCAGAUAGCCCGAAAACAGGAGGAGGACAGCAGGAGACAUCGGAUGGCCCUUUUCAAAGAGCUCCAAGCUACCUUCUCCCAGUAACCACUGCCAGGCGAGGUGUGCCUGAGUGUGGUCAGAGACUUGUCUUGGUGGCCACCGGCUGUGCCUUACAAGUUGGCCUGGAAGGAAUGUCCAGCACCUUGUCCCCCAAGGAGGACCCAUCUCUUUGAAUGUUCAGCAUCUUUGUCAUCCCUGACUUAGGAUGACCUUUCUUAAGUUUCCUGGCCUUUGGGCCCGAGGGGAGACAGAGUAGGGAAGAUCAAAGUCAGGGAUGGGAAGAAAUUAAUUUCAAGAAAAGAGAGGAAAUUGCCCCUUUCUUACCUAGCAGCUGUUCCUCCACCCAGCAAAAGUUUCCGGCCUUUUGCCAUUUUCUGCCUUUUACUUUCCCUCUGUUCCCUUUUCACCAAGCCUUUCAAAAAGGAAUUGAUGUGCGGUCAUUUGACCAAAGAAAGGUACAACUCUUCCAUUGUCCUGUGUUCCCUUCCCUUGUUCAGGCUCCUUGCCUUCUCGGUGUGCUCAGCAAAAGAAUACACUCUUGGCUUUGUUUGAGUUUUCCCUCCUAUCAACUCUAGAGACAAGGUUGUUUAAACAUCCUUCCCCUCACCUAGUGUCAAGGCAGGAGGAGGUUUUCAAGAGGUUUGGAGUGCCCCCCCCCCCCCAUACACCAAAUCCCAGAGUGUUGGAGUGUAGCAGAUAUAAAAGCCACUCUUAUAUUCUGCCAUUCAGAAAGAAGUUCCAUGCCCCUGGAACUCUUUUCCCCAACACUCUUUACCUCCACGUCACAUAAUAUUUUGUCAGAUUGCCAAUUUGGAUGGAAGAAUUCGUGCAAGGCACCUCAAGCUAAUCAGACCAUCUGAUCACAGUUCUGGGACUUUUAAUGUAUGGAUGGGUAUGGGCCCUCACUCCAUGACUGGGGGCUAUUCUGAGACCUCUAUACCCCUAAUCUUCUGUGAGUAGGGACACUUCAUAAUUGCUUUUUUUCUCCUUUCUAUGCAUCCAUUGGGAAUAACCCUUUUUACCCUCAAUUUUUCCCUUUUUUUUUGACCUUUUUAUUUAAAAAAAAAAAAAAAUCGCCAUGCUGUCAAAACUGGGCAUGGACGAGUAAUUAAAAGAAAAUAAUUUUAAUAGAUUGAAGUAUGAAAGAGUACUUGGAGCUCUUUUUAUCAGUACAAAAUAUAAUGUUUCUAAAAGUUCAGUCUUGUCGAUUUGAUAUUUAUUAAGAUAUGGGGUUUUUUAUAUCUCUGUUUGGUGUUUUUCAGCCUUCUUAGCUUUUCUUGCCAAAUGAACUAUGCAAAUAAAAUAUCUUAUCUCACUG